AUGGGCGACGAGAUCGAACGACGGCUCGUUCGGAAAUCGUUGAAUGACGCGCUACGGGUAAAUGCUAUGAUGAUGAAGAAGGAUGCCCAAGAUUACACGAUAGCCAAGUUGAUUCGAGUAGACGCGCCGGCCAGACGGAAAUGGCUGGAAAGCAUAUUCGACGUUGCGCGUAGACAGAGCCUGAAGGAAAAUUUGCUAUCCCUUGCUGACAUGGAGAACAUCAUGAGUCAAGUCGUCACAACGCGCAGCGAUCGUGCUGCCGCUCUCUUCAAGGCGUAUGAUGUCCCGGAUUUUAUAGACAUCGAAUACUCAACGGCCACAAAAAUUAUGCAAAAGCCCGAACGAAGGGGUCAGGAUAGUGGUGAUGUCCGAAGAAUGACCGACGCCUAUGUGCAACGUUUCCUUUUCGUACAACAAAGGAUUUCUCGACUGACUGCCUUUGCGGGGAUCAAGUUCCAGAAAAUCGAAGACCUGCUGUCAAUUUCCCACCCGGUCGAGCAUACCGUCGUUUUGGCCAUGUUGACACAACAAAAGGCAGACACAUGGCACCUCGAGGACUUGACGGGUACGGUUCAGGUUGAGUUUGCACCUGAUUGCGCGUAUCACGAGGGUCUAUUUUCGGAGGGAUGUGUGAUGAUUUUUGAGGGCACCUAUCAGUCGCUUCUGUUCACGGCAACGAGCGUGGGGCUGGUCCCGGCGGAACGGGCAGAAGAAACACGCAAGGCCUACGGAAAUGCCAACUGGUUUGCCGGGGACGAGAAGCUGUGCUUUAGAAGCAGUAACAAGCUCCGCGUGAUGGCCCAAUACCACGGGAAGGAAUACAUCAUAGCCCUCAGCGAUUUUCACCUUGACAAUCCGAAGGUGCUGACCGCGUUUCGAAAGAUCCUCGACGGCUAUCGAUACCAGCCGCCCAUCGCGUAUAUUUUGUGCGGUAAUUUCUCCUCGCAAUGCCGACAGCCACAAACAAUGGAGGUGCUCCACCGGGGAUUCCGGCACUUAGCCUCGGUGCUCGAGGAAUUCGAGGCCGAUCACGCUGAGACGCACUUUAUCUUCGUGCCCGGUCCCGACGACCCACCGACGCAAUGUGUGACCCCGCGACUUUCGUUGCCCAGCGAGCUAUGCGAUGAGUAUUUGCAGCGGUGGCCAAAAUGUCAAUUCGUCGGAAAUCCGGCUCGCGUCCAGCUGGCCAACUCCGAGAUUGUCGUAUACCGCGAGGACGUAAUCGAGAAGUUAUGCCGACAUGCUGUCAACGUCCCUGCAACGGAACAGGAACUGGCAAAGGCCGCCGUCCAAACGGUCCUCAGCCAGGCUCAUCUGUGCCCGGUGCCCAUCCAUGUAUCGCCCGUGAUAUGGAAUCUCGACCACGCGCUACGAAUGCCAGCACUUCCCGACACGCUCAUUAUUGCCGACAAGUUUCAACCUUUCCAUGAGUCGAGCAAGGAAUGCAACGUCGUCAACCCGGGCCCGUUUUGGGCGACGCCCCAUUCGUUUAUGCUAAUCCGCCCCUACCAGCGCGAGGGCGGGUGCGCGGAAAACAGGGUAUCCCCGUGGCCGCGCCGUCCCGCGAAAAUGCAGCGACUGGUGAUGGUGGUCUUAUGUUCGGCGCUUUUCGCCCAGAUCGCUCAAGCCAACCUAUCUAUCGGGCGACUCGUACUGCUCAAUGGCCCAAGACGAGCAGAGCGCUCGUUGACUGGAAAUCAAAUGGGAAUCCCGGAAGUGGCCAAGCGGGCCCAAUCCCAGCAAAGUGAAGCCUGGCCCAUAUGCUCUACCAGCAUGGAGCGCAUCGCAACUCUCCGGGCCCAACCUCACGGC